AUGACUGCCAAUUCCAAUGCACGCCCGGCAAACGUCCUAUUUGUCUGCCUGGGCAAUAUCUGUCGUUCCCCGAUGGCAGAGGGUGUCUUCCGCAACCUCGCCGCAUCCCAUGCCUUAAUUGGAGAGAUCGACUCGGCCGGUACUGCCGCCUAUCACAGCCUUGAGCCCCCUGACUCUCGCACCAUGUCCACUCUGCGCCGCCACAAGAUUAUCAACUACGACCAUGCCGCGCGGAAGGUGACCCGCGAGGACUUCCUCACCUUCGACUACCUCCUUGCUAUGGACAAGUCUAACUUGCGCGAGCUUUUGCAUGAGCGAGAGCAGGUCGUUUCGGCUUUGCAGCGCAAGUCUUCCGCUAAGUCGGGUGCCAAGGGUACUCGUUCGCAUGUCGACGCUGCCAUUGGUGAAUACCCGGAAGAUGCAAAGGUUGCCGAGGUGCGCAUGUUUGGUGAUUUCGGUAAGGCUGGCAAGCUGAAUGACCGUGUUGGUGGUGGUGAGGUCGUGCAGGACCCUUACUAUGGUGGUGCCAAUGGUUUCGAGGAGGUUUACCAACAGGUCGUACGGUUCUCUCAGAACUUCGUUGACUACCUGGAGAAGAACGGUGCCAGCUCUGAGUAA